GCAAUUGGGAACGGUUCUAUCCAUAAAAUUGCGCAACAAGACAACAAUGUUGGCCACUAAAGUGCCGUCUUUGCUUCCGAAAUUCCUCCCAUUGAGGAGAGAAUUGACGCAAUCUUUGACUGCACUUUCCGGAAACGGAAACGGAAGGACAAGUCUAACAAGCCCGUCAACGCCAACAUCGACAUUCUCAUCGUCGUCGUCUUCCCUACUGCAAACCCAACAACAAUCUACUAAUUCUCAGAAGCGAUCAUAUGUUUCGAGGGCGCAUCCCCGACCCAUCCCUGAGUUUUCCGUGCCUAUUGGACUCCAGAUGGUCCUUGAUGGAGUCGAAGAACGAAAGAAAGCCCGUGCUGCAAAAUGGGAACGCAACAAAGAAAAACGGCGCUCAAGGGGCAUUGAAGUAAGUGGGCUGUGAUUCAAAUAAUGGAACGAUUCGUAUGGCUUCAAAUUGAUCAGAUUGGACUCUAUAGAAUUAGUAGAAACUAUGAUGCAAAUGAUUCUAUUGCGGCGAAGUCUCAUCAUCUUCCAUUCUACUCAAUUUUGAUUGCGAAUCUUUCGUAUUAAUCCACUGGUGCGCUUGUGCUUAUUGUGAUGACAUGGACUUCAAAUAACGCAAAAAAAUGUUUUUAAUUGAUUUAAUCGAAAGGAUGUCGGAGAAUAUCGGAAUCAAAACGAAACCAUCGAUUUGUCCAUCAACCUGAACGUCGACCCAAGGCGACCGGGUCAGGCUCUACGAGGAUCUGUUGUUUUGCCCCACGGAACAGGGAAAACGGUCUCUUGCCUCGUCUUUACCUCUGAUCCAUCCACAAUCGAGGAAGCUAAGAGUCAGGGACACGAGGCGGGUGGGGAAGAACUAAUCGACAGCAUUCUUGCAGGGGAGGCCUCAAUCGAUGCCUACCAACGAGCCCUAGCCACUAAAGAAACCAUGCCUUUGGUCCAGAAACAAUUGGCCAGGCUCCUCGGACCUCGAGGCCUCAUGCCCAACGCCAAGACCAAUACUGUGUUUGAUGAAGGGAAAGUACUCCUAGAGGCACUCCAGGAACAGUCGAGCACCAUUACCUAUCGCACCGAGUCGGGUGGGAUCCUGCACUUUCCAAUCGGCAAAGGCGACUUCACCUCGAAACAGUUGAUUGACAACCUUCAGGUGAUCUGCCAGGCAGUUCAAGAUGCCAAGCCUGAGCAAUAUGGAAGGGGUAAAAAACCGAAGAACAAGGGUGGUGGUGCAGGCACCAAGGGUAACAGCAAAAAGCAGAGCAAGAAUGUCAAAUAUUGGCUCAAGGCCCACCUUACGGCAACACAAGGCAAGGGAAGUGUCCGACUCGACCUCCGAACCGUCGACCCAGCGUCGCCCUUUUUCAUGAAAGAGCCGGAAUAAUGCUAGAACUCCAAUAGGCAUCAUAAUGCUUAUUUUUGAAGGGUGAUUUAUUCAUUACUAUGCAUUGGAUCGGACUGGCAUAGCUACCACUCCCGAAAAUAUAAGAAAAAUAUCUCGAGAAACAGUUCGCGAUAGGACACCAUCAUGACCAAAGCAUGCAAGUUUGUGGCAACACAGUUUUGAAUUAGGGACUUGGUCGUAGUUCAUUUUGCUUCAACUAUACCAGGCCAUGGGUGUUCAUGCCCUCAUCUAUCACAAUCAUUCGAUUUUCAUCUUGCCCACCCUAAGCUAAAAAACAUACUUCAUCCUAGGUGCACCUCCUGUGGUUCUUCUACCCUAGUCUCUUUUUAAGUUCUCUGUUGUCUAAAUACCUUCAGUAGGACUGAGGGCAGGUGAACUGAAGGGUCCAAUGGGGGAAUUCUCAAGCGGGGAGAACGUGUGCCACAAAGUGGUAUAAUGAAAUCCGGGAGUAGCA